AUGGCUUCAAACAGACCGACAACGACUAAACAUAUGGGAAGAGGACAAGAAAAACCACCACCACCACCACCAUCAGUAAUCAAGAAAACGACUAAAGAUGCGGGAAAAGGAAAAGGAAAACCACCACCAAUAAUCAAGAAAAUGUUUUUACAUAAUCAUAAGACGAAUAAGCGUUAUCGUGUCAAUGGUGAUAAAGAGUCUAGUAGAAAACCAGCAAAAGAUUCUCUACGUAAAGACUUUUCACAAUACAUGGUGUAUGCUGCUCCACAACUACCAAAUAAAGUUGAUCUUCGACCAUGGAUGACUUUAAUCGAGGAUCAAUCAGACACCAAUAGUUGUACGGCAAAUGCUAUGGCUGGAAUCUACGAAUAUUUGAACUACAGAAUUACAGGUCGCCUCGAAGAUGUUAGUCGACUCUUCAUCUAUUACAAUAGUCGAAUUAUAGAUAACGAAGGUGAUUCUGAUAUUACUGACGAAGGUGCUACCAUUGCUUCGACUAUUGAGAGCGUUUCAGAACGUGGUGUUUGUCUUGAAUAUCUAUGGCCGUACAAUACUAAAAUGGUCAAUACCAAACCGAAUCAAAUGUGUUAUGCAGCUGCCCCACAAUACAGCAUCUCUGAGGCACUUGAAGUUGAUGUUAAUCUUAAUGAGAUGAAGUGUUGUCUUGCUCAAGGAUUUCCGAUGCUUGUUAGUCUGAAUCUAUACAAGUCAUUUGACAAGGCAGGUGAACAUGGAGUUGUUCCGAUGCCUAAAAGUACUGAAGUAGGCCGAUCGUCACAUGCAAGACAUUGUGUCGUCGUAGCUGGUUACAGUGAUCAUUCAAGAGCUUUUAUUGUACGAAAUUCAUGGGGAUCAACUUGGGGAGAUAAAGGAUAUUGUUAUAUACCGUAUGAUUAUCUGGGAAGUACUGACUUGUGUAAUUCAGCUUGGACAGUCAAAAAUUUAGGCAUUGCAAAAAUGACCCAAGAAAGUUGGCAGGAGGACGAUGAGGUUGAUUAUUUGGAAGAUGAUGAUGAAGAAGAAGAUGACGACGAUGAUGAUGAAGAUGCUGAUUUUGAAGAAGAAGAAGAUGAAGAUGAGCCAGAUUAUGAUGAUGACGAUGAUGAUGAUGAUGAAGAAUAG